GCAGCGAAGUUUUAACUGCUUGGGUGUUUGUUAAGUUUAUUAUUAAGCUACGGUCGACGUAAUAUAAAAUUUUUCGUUUAGCUAUCAUUCCCGGAAAGUUUUCAAUUCAAUCAUGGCAGCGAGUAUCGUUCCAGAACCUGUUAUUUCUCGUGUUUACAUUGGUGGCCUUGGUGAGCAAGCAACCCGGCAAGACAUGGAAGAACUUUUCAAGGAUUACGAGCCGUAUACGGAUCUAAACUUGCUGCGUGGUUACGGGUUUGUACAGUUUCCUUCCGAAGAGGCUGCUAAGAAAGCAAUAACAGGUCUCAAUGGUAAAUCGUUAAAAGGACGCAAACUGACGGUGAAGAUAGCGAAUGAUAACCGAGCGAAAAAAGGGCUUCUUCCUCGAGGUGCUGCAGGCGGGCCGGAUGGUCAAAUGGUUCGUGAUCGAUCUCCAAUUGACGGAAAUCGUGGCUAUCCUGAAUCUUUUCCCCCCCGUGGAGCAUAUCGCGGUGCAUAUCCCGGGAUGGACAUGGGCGGUUAUCCAGACCCGAUGAUGCGAGGACAUCCAGGAGGAGGAGUACCGAUGCAGCAACCGGAAAGCAAUGACUGUGAGAUUAUCGUUGUUUCAAGAGAUUUGACAACAUACGCAGAAAAUAUUGAAGCCAGACUGAAGAGAAACGGAUUAACGGUAGAUUUGCUCUUCCCAAACGAUGAUGUCCCAAUAGGAAAGGUUUUAUCUAACAUUGCGUCGCGUGGCAGUUAUUAUGCCAUUUUGAUAACUCCUGAAAAUGAGGAACGUAACAGCAUAACGGUAAAUGUCUUAUACGGAGUUCCGGCGGAGCACCGCAACAUGCCGACAGAAGAUGCAAUUAUGUUUAUUUGCAAAGAUUAUGAAGAGAAACUUCGAGCCGAACGAGAAAAAUUGGUCAAAUAUCGAAGUGCAAUGAUGCAAUCUAAUCCGCAAUCCGCAAACAAUCCGUCUCACAUGAUGUAUAAUGCCCCGCCCCUGCAGGACAAGCAUCCGGAACCCAUUCAGAAUAUGAUCAAUCUUCUGGCAGCCAAUCGCCAACUGACAGUACUCCAGUACGAUCGACUUAUUAAAUAUCUGAAUCAGCGUAAAGAAAUGCAAGUCAAAUAUGAGCUCGGCGAGGACAUGGAUUCCGUCAGCGCAAAUCAGUUGAUGACUGCGAAAUCAAAAGAGGAAAGUGAAAAAGAUUUACAGCGAAAAAUAAUGGACAUUCUCAACAAACCUUCCAUUAUUGCGCCCAAACCGAAACCGGUGGAACCCGAGCCGGAAGUACGAACGACCAGUAGUGGCGGAUUUUCCUCGUUCGGAGGACUUACGGUGGCGUCGGUAGCUUCCAUUAAUAGCGCUGCCGCAAAUCUGGGCACUGCUUCGGCUUCGGCUUCGGCCAGUUCUGUUGCACCGAUUGCCAGCGCUACACCGAAACUGCUACAUGACCCCAAAGUACAGAAAGCUCUCGAUUCAUUGCUGCUUUCCGGUUUGGGUGGCGCGUUAAAAUUUUAAAACGCUAAGAACUGCAUUCCUAGGUUAGAAAAUACUUGUAACUAAGGUAGACUUGUAUUAUCUGUUUUUACUCGCCCUUGCGUUUCACAUUUAAUAUGUAUUUGAGAAAGAAACAAAAGAUGAAAGUGUAGUUUACCGGUGUAAAAUCCAAAUCAUUCAAAUGAAGAUUAUGUAAAAUGGAAAAUUUUUGUGUACUCGGUUUUGCUGGGUGCAAUGUUUCAGUUUAGACUGUAUUUUUGUUUUGUUUUGAAAUUACAGUUUUAUCCAUAUUUACCUAAUCGUGAACUAAACUGAAUAUUAGACAUUAAAUAGCGACGAACUCGUAUAUGAAAAUAACGAAUGAUUCGCCAAUCACUUCAUUAAUAAAACGAUAGUAAAAUUUUACCAGUUUGAUUUUGUUUGAAAUAUAUAAUCUUGCUUUAUGAAAGACGAACAACACUUCAUUCUUUCUUAUUUUAGAUCGAACACCGGUAAGCAAUUUCAAGCUUCUAUGAAAUAGUAAAUAAAAAUUUUGGA